GUAUCUUCAGGAACGUCUCCACUAUAUCGAUUCAACGAAGACGGGAAUUUGGGGUUGGAGUUAUGGAGGAUUUGCAUCAAGCUGGAUCUUAGCCAAAGAUAAGGAUCAUGUUUUCAAUUUUGCACUUGCUAUUGCACCCGUUACUAGUUUCAUAUAUUACGAUAGCAUCUACACUGAGCGAUAUAUGGGUUUGCCCACCCCUGAAGACAACGAGCUAGGAUAUAAUAAUUCAGAUGUAACCCGAAUGGCAAAACUUUUCGAAGGAAGGAAUUAUUUCAUCAUUCAUGGAAGUGGGGAUGAUAACGUACAUUAUCAAAAUUCAAUGCUCCUAGUGAAAGCUUUGAAGUAUGCUGAUAUCGACUUCAGGCAGCAGACUUACCCUGAUGAAGCUCAUUCAUUAUCCGGAGUCUCUAAGCAUUUAUAUCAUACUAUAGACAAAUAUUGGGCCAACUGUUUCGACCAGGACGCUGCCAAGUUUACUGUACACAAGAAAGAAAACGGUACUUGAUGUUGUUUUAAUUUUAAGAUGAUAGUCAUAAUUUUGUAUGUCGUUUUGAAUAAAAUGAAUGAAUUUCAUAGGAAGUAUGUA